AUGGAGAACAAAUCCAUAGAGGCUUGGCUGGCGGAAACUGAAGACAUCCCAUCUGACCCUGAAUCAGAGGACGACGAAGAUCAAGUAUACCCGGAUGUUGCUGAAGGAAAAUACACAGUUGCAGAAAAUGGAAUCUUAGAGGUAGAUUAUUUGGACCUAGCCCAAACAGCUGAAGGUAAUGAAAUCCCGAUUUUAAUUGUUAAUGAAAAUGACUUUCAAGAUAAUCAUAGUGCAGAGGGGGUAGAGCCUGGCAUUCCCGAAGGUAAUGCAGUCUUGGACGUUCAAAAUCAGCCUAUGGACGUUCAAUUUGAUGAGGACUCUGAGCCUUUGGCUAACAGACUUUACAAAGAUAGUGUUACGUGGUAUCAAAAGUACUACUCACCCAAUAAGUCGUAUGAUUUCAAUGAACGCACAGGUCCCCUAAUUGACGCUUCAACCCCAGUUGAUGUGUUUUCAGCUCUUUUUCCCGACGAUCUAGUUGACAAACUUGUGUUUGAAACCAAUGUUUACACUACCCAAAUAGGUGGGGGCGUUAUCAGAUUUCCAACAACAAGGAAAGAAAUGAAAGUGUUUCUAGGCCUAAAUAUCCUAAUGGGAAUAAAAAAACUUCCCUCCUACCGUGAUUACUGGUCUUCAGAGGCAGAUUUGAGAGAUGACUACAUAUCUUCAUACAUGUCUGUGAACAGAUUUGGCUGGCUUUUAACAAAUUUACAUAUAAACAAUAAUAAUGACAUCCCCGAACGAGAUUCUCCUAAUUAUGACAAACUAUAUAAGAUCAGGCCUCUCCUAAACAAGCUUCAAGAAACCUACAAAGCAUGCUAUGCUCCAUCUCGAUUUCAAUCAAUUGAUGAGAGCAUGAUUCCAUUCAAAGGUCGGAGUGGAAUCAAGCAAUAUAUGCCAGAUAAGCCAACCAAACGUGGAAAAACAAUAUUCAAGCUUGUGGUACAACAAGAGCUGACAGACAAUUUUUUUCCAAAAGAGUGUUUGCCUGAAGGGAAACAUAUGAAUCAAGGAGAACAUGACUUCAUGUCAACUAUGACUGGAAUUGUAGCUGUCGAAUGGAAAGACAAGAGAGGUAUCUACUUUCUUUCUAAUUACCACAAUCCUAACGAAGUGACAACUGUAAACAGAAAACAGGCAAACGGUGAAAUUGUAGCUGUUCCAUGCCCUAUAUUAGUAAAGGACUACAAUGCUCACAUGGGCUAUGUCGAUAAGGCAGACAUGUUGAAAUCUACCUACUCAAUAGAUCGCAAGUCCAAAAAGUGGUGGCACAGAAUCUUCUGGCACUUUCUGGACACAACCAUAGUAAACUCUUUUAUCAUAUUUUCAAUGCUAUCCCAGGGAAACCCACUGACACUAAAAGAGUUUAGGAGAAGCGUGUCAAAAGCCCUUCUGGGAGUACCUCGUGGAGAAACUAGAGGAAGACGAAGUUCUUCAACUCCAAUCAACAACUACAAACCAAAGGUUCCACAAGAACUUCGUUUUACGGAAAAAUGCACACAUGCCAGUAAGAGGAACGUCUCGACGUUGUGCUCAAUGCUCCAGCAAAGAAGAAGGUCAUCGGUCGAAAUGGGUAUGUGA